AAAACAGCACGAACACAAAAUACUAGUAAGUUUCACCUCUUAAAUGUCGCAGGACAUUAAUCAACACCUCUCCUUAUAGAUAAGUCCUAAAUAAAUAUCUGUGGGUACGGGAAAACUGCAUUAAACCGCCGUCACUGUAACGCUGAUGCAGUAGGAAGUAAAUGUAACACGCUGCUGUUGACCUAACGUUACACAACAGACAAGACUAUUUAUUUCAUAGAUUUAAUUCGUGCAUUUCUAUUGUACAUGCAUGUGUCCCAAAGCACUCAGUAUACUUUCUUUUGCAUUACAAGGAGAAAAGAAAAUCUGAUAUGGAGACACAGAUGAGGCAGCGUGUGUUCACUGGGGUGGUCACACAGAUGCAGGAGCAUCAUGGGAUUGUGGAUCAGGAGGUUCAUUUUCCAGUGAGUGUUGUGGUGGGUCGUGUGCCCCUGGUGGGAGAAAAAGUGUUGGUGAAAGCGGUCCAGGACCCCCUGAAGCCCAUCAGCUGGACUGCACAGAAAGUUCAGACGCUGAACGGACAGCCCUUCAAAUCUCCUCCUCCGCUGCUGCCCUCCAUGUCAUCUAAUCCGAAGCCUGGCAUUUUAGGGACCAAACCGCAACCUCUGCUGAAAUCUCCCAAAAUACCACCACUGAUUCCCAGCAUGCAGCCAAAUCCUGGUGGCAUGAUGCAGAUGUCCCAUCACCAGCAGAUGUCCUGGAACGGUCCGUUUGAUGGUUGGGGUGGAGGACUGAAGAGACACGCUGAGGUCAUGGGAGGACGUAGAGGUGGACGCUGGGAGGACGGCGGUGGAGGGCCGUGGGGAGGAGACACCAUGCACCAAAAACGAAAAAGAUGGAGGGCCGCCUCAGAGGAGGAAGCACCGAAAAAGAGCAGCUCCAUAUCCACACACAGCGCUCCAUUGUUCACCUGUUUCUCCAGGGACACCCAAGCCUGUGAUUAUCUGGAGCUUCAGCGGCGGUACCCACACCUGCACCUGCCCUCCAACCUCUUCCACCUCCAGCUGUCCUGGACCGAGAGUUUCCCGCUCGACCAGCCUCUUCCUCUGAGAGGACCGUGUCACUUUCACGUGGGAUCGAACCAGCCGGAGAGUGAAGCAGAUGUUUGCGAGUCCACAGAUGAUGCUUUCUCCGUUAGGGUUCUGUUGUUUUCUAUGCCGUGCCUUGAGGACUUGUACUCACAGUGUUGUAACCUCUCAAAGGACGGUCGGACGCAGAAGGAGGCCGUACAUCCCACUACACUUCUCAAAUUUGUGAUGGUGGACAGUGGAGGUGAACUGCGGCUUCCAGGAGGUCACUGGUCACCCAAAGCGGACGGAGCAAAUCCAGCGAAGGACGGUUCGACGCUGGUCAACACUGCGGUCCGCUGCAUAAAGGAACAAACUGCUCUGGACCUCUCAGCCUGCACGCAGUGGCACAAGAUGGCGGAGCUGAGAUAUCUUUCCGGAGAUAAAAUGGAGACGGUUGUGGUGUUGUUGCCAGAUGUGUGGAAUCUAGUGCCAGCAGAAGAAGACUGGGCAAAAUUACCACAAAAACAGCUGGAUGGUGAUUUGUCACUUCCAGAAGGUCCAGUUUCGAAAAAUGGACCCUUAUAUGCAUUAUUGUCUUGGCUGACGGCUCUCUCGUGCUGCUAUCAGGUGAGUUUGAUGGCGGAGAUGUUCAGUGAGAUGCUCCAGAGGGAUUUUGGGCUUGAGCUGUAUCAGUGUCUCUGCCGUCUGCCUCAGGACCCCGGCGUCAAAGAGGACAACAGCGCUCCCAUGGAGGAUGAGCCCAAAAAUACAGACAAACAGACUGCAAAAAAGAAAGGAUUGAUCGAUGCAAAGAAGAGAAAACUCAAAGAGAAGGAUGGGGAGAGAGAGACAGAAGACGGCGCACUGACGGACGAGACCGAACCGGCUGGAAAACAAUCUGAGCAUCUAAAAGAGAGUAAAAGUCAAAGUGCAGGAGGAGACAAUCAGCCGUCCAAAGACAGCGAACGUCCUCUGGGCUGGACGGCUGAACUUCCCCGUAAAGUGCUUCUCUCCUGGGUCUUCUUUGACCGUCAGCUGACAGGAAGUCUUCGAGAGGCAGACCUGCUCAACAUCCUGCUGUCUCUCGGCCUGUUUCUCAGUCCUGCUCAGGCGCAGGAUCUGGUCAGAAAGGCUGCAGUCGGUGGGCUUUGCCUCUACAGAAAUCUGUGCAGUCGCUGGUCAGACGCCGAUCGGACAGACGGCAGCAUCAGUGCUGAGGGAAAUAAAGCCAUGUUGCCCGGCCAGGCAUGCAAAGAGAGAGCAUCCGCUCGUCGCACCGGUAACACAGAUCUGGUGAACUACAGAGGGAACGUCAUUAAUUUACCAAACCUACUGCAGACGCUGGAGAGCAGCAAAGCGGCCCAACGUGAACUGGAGAAGUGUGUCGCCGCACUGCAGUCCAGACUCGAGGCAGCAGAAGCGAGGCAGGCGUCUAAUGAACAGGAGCAGGGCCAUCAGAAAGAGCUGAAGAGGAAACUGGAGAAAGCUGAGACGCUCAAUAAAACAUAUGAGAAGAGUUUGAGAGAAAACAGCGGUCAGAUGAUCUCGGUCAUUGAGAAGAUGCAGAGGAUGGUUGAACAGACAACAGCCCUCACAAAUGCAAAUGCAGGAAAGGAUGAGAAGGCGUAGAGACGCAAAAGCUCAUCGGAUGGUGAUGCAAUAGCGUUUGGACCGACGAGAAUAAACAAAAAAAACCCUGCAAAAUAAUUAAAAACAAAAACUUUAGCCUUUGUUUGUUUAGCUUUUAAAAAAACUUCUAAAACUUCUAAAAAGUUAUGUCUUCAUGCACAUAGAUAAUACAGAAUUGCAUUCAUGGACGUUUGUAAAUGUUUUUAUUAAUAAAAAUGUUUUGCUGGCUCAUUUUAGAAUGUAUAUGCAUUCAUAUGAAACCAUGUAAUGUGCUUAAUAUGGAAAGGAAACUUUGUGCUUUAUUUAUUUAGUGUUAUUUCAUUUUAUUUAGUUAUUAAAUUCUGGCAGCUCUGAAAGUAUGAUCCUUCCACACAACUGACAAUCUCAUAAACAGAGAUGCAGAUACGCAAACCUGUUCCUAUCCCUGUAUAAUGAAACUGUGUAAUUCUUUUUUACAUGUGAAUUUGUGUUUUAAAUGACAGGCGUAUGUCUAGUCCGGUUUUAAAGGUUGAAAACAAGCAUGGAACCUUUUUUUUUUUUUCAGAUUGAACUUUAUUGGAAUUCAGUUUUAGUGUGUACUGAAGCAUUUCCUUACUGUUAGAAACCAUCCAUCGCCAUAGAUAUUCUUAAGUGUUGGUAUGAGGAUAGUCUAGUGUUUAGUCUAGACUCAAAUAUAGUCAAAGUUCAAUUAUUUUGGAAAUACUGCCUGAAUUCUUCCUUGCAAUUAAAAGAGUUUAAAGUCAAACCAAUCCAGAAAAAUCUGCGAUGAUGAACUAUUGUGAGAAUGAAUGCAUUUUAAUCUAAAGUCUUAAACAAUUCAGGAAGGUUUGCAAACAGUAAGAUAUUGACCUGUUUGGAUGUAAUUGGCAAAAAAUGUUUUGUCUUUUUCUCAGGGACCAUUUAUAUAUUUUCUAAUAGCCUGUUUUGAACAGUUGCGUGUUUAAUUGUCAUCCAGCAGAAUUAAGUGACUGAGUAAAGUUGAAAACAUAUGCCAUGUAAUAUAUUUUUUCUUUUGCUUUUUUUUUUGUCCACAAAAUCUACCACAUUUUGUUCAGUGACUUGGCCACUCAAUCUCCAAUCGUGAUGUAUGAACAUUUAUUUGGAAAACAGAAAUAAA